AUGGGUUGUGCUGGAUCGUCACAGACCAAAGGAGACGGGGCUUUGAAAAAGGUUCGGAAGCCAAAACCUUGGAAGCAUCCUCAGCCAUUAACAAAGUCUCAGCUCUUGCAGAUGCGUGAAGAGUUUUGGGACACUGCUCCUCACUAUGGAGGCAGGAAAGAGAUUUGGGAUGCACUUCGAGCUGCUGCUGAAGCAGAUCUAAGCCUUGCACAAGCGAUUGUGGACAGUGCUGGGGUCAUUGUUCAAAGUGCUGAUUUGACAAUUUGCUAUGAUGAAAGAGGUGUCGGGGAGUGCGCUUGUGGAUGA